GGUUCUCCGCGUCCCACCUCUGCGACACCGCUUAGCCGCUUACCCCAACAGUCUUCAACCUCCAGCACGGAGACCUCUAGAAAGGAGGAUCCGGAUUCUGCCGCGCUUGUGGACUGCUGGCCACCCCCACUCAGCCAUCUGCCAUCUUCUUCUCCUUCCAAGGACGCCGCUCAGUUGGCUUCUUUCAUCACUACCUCAUCUAACAAGCGUGUUUCUAAGGUGGAGGCCCGCUGUCGGGCUCAGCAAUCUCGCGCACACCGGCUUCAUCCCCUGCUCUAUGCCGCACCAAAUCAGGACGAUUCUGAGACUCGCUUUUCAGCUAUCCUUUACCCUAACCGUUUUCAUCUGCCCAUGGAGGUCAUGAUGAUUCUCCGUAAUAGUCUGAACUGUUCACCACAACGGGCCUUCUCCGCUGCUUCUUUGACUGUGCGUGAUGGUAGGACCCCUCUGCUCACUUCGGUUCCUUUUAGCAUUGCGAGCAAACUUUGCAAAAGGGUCAUGGCUGCCUUGGGUGAAAAGACUGCCUUGGCUCCCUUCCUUGCCAUCUACUGUCUGCACGUCAAUCUUCUUCUGCCCUACACUCUUCUCACAAGUCAGACAUCAUCAGUCCGGCCUCUACGUGUCGACAUAGUGGACUGCAAUAUCUAUGCACUGGAGCAGUUCUUUCUGUGCUUUCUACGAUGGCUUCAACGAUUAGUUUCCGAGGUACAACCCCUGAGACCCCUUAUCUGCAACGCUCUCCUGGGUCGUUAUGUCGCGUUCUCUGCGGGAGCGACUGCAGAGGGUAGCUACCCUGCCCCCGAGACUCAGUGCCUGUCCCCUGGUAAAAUGAUGACUGAGCAGAGUCUCUUGGCUAGAUACUUUGAUCAAAUCCACUCCGCAUAUGGCGGCUUACGCAAGAGCCUGAUGGCUGUCAUUACUGCUUCCUUGCUGCAGGAAACCUUUUACCGGACCGUCUAUGCGAUAGAGCACAUUCGGGUGAGUUAG